AUGGAAAAUGAUUAUUUGAAUACUAUUCAAACAAUGUUAUCAAUAGUAAUACUAGAAUCCUCUGAUUUUUAAUCAACCUAAGAGAUACUUGGAAACUUUUAUAAACAUUUAGAUUCUAUUUCAAACGAAAAACAACUCAUUUAACUCUAAAAAUUAAUAAAAGUUUUCUAUGAAAGUUAAGACACCUAAGAUGAUAAGAAAUAGAUUUUGAAUGAAAUAACAUAAAGAAUUAAGCAAAAAUUUCCAACUAGUAAUUAGGAUCAUUGUUAAUUUUUUACAGAAAUGACAAAUAAAAAUUAAAAGAAAAUAGGUGUGUCAAUAUUACAUAAUGAUGGAAGUUUUAGUAUAAUAUUAUGUAAAUGUAGUUCUUACUGAUCAAUUAACUAGAAAAAUAUUGGAAAUUAAGAAUGGAGCUGAUUUCUAAAAAAAAUUAUUUGAAUACUGUGCUAUUGCUGGUUAAAAUAAUUUACUCAAAUAAUUUAAUGAAGAAACAAAUUUACUUUAACAAAAUGAAGUAGAGAAGCAGUUUUAAAUGACUAUUUAUUCAGAAAAAACUAGAAAAAAAGCACUAAAACACUUGAACGAAGCCUCGAAAAAAGCCAAAGAAAGUUUAUUACAUACUGAUUGGACUUGUACAUAAACUAGAUUGCCUAAACAAAAAAAUUAAUCCUAAAAUUUUGAUUAUUGGAAUAAAAUUAAGAUUAAAUAUUUAAAAACAAUUACAAUAAAAAUAACAAAAGUGAUAAUGUCUGUCAAUGAAGAAUUUUUAGAGUCAAUUAAAACUUCAACACAAAUAUAUGGAAGCUAAUAACUUUAAACUAUGGCUGAAAAUUCAAGGGCAUUAUAUAAUGUUGUAAAAUGUGAAAUUGUAGAAAAUCCAUGUGUUGAAGAAUUAAAUCCAGAUGAUUUAUCAAAAGAUUAAAAACUUUUAAUCUAUGAAGGUAUUUAAAAAAGUUAAUUCUAGAUAAAUGGAAAGUAAAAUGCUAAGAGAUCAGCAUCGAAUUUUAAAGGUUAAAAAAACUCAAAGAAUAAGCAAAAAUAGAAAAUUCAUUUUAAAGUUUUUAUGGAACACCUCUAGAAUUUGAUCUCAACUCUCAGAUAUAAUAUUAAUGA